AUGCUCAGCAUUCUCGCUCAGGAGCGCCUGCUCGGAUUCGCGUUGGGCGGCGCUUUCACCGGUUUCGUGGUGUUUGAGCAGCGGAGGCGAAUCCACGACUCAAUUUCGGCCUACCAAUCUCCGUCCGAUGCCCAAAAACAGUUGAAAGAGCCGAUAUUGGGUAAGCAAUUCCGCUCGGAAUCUGCUCUCUUAUGGAACAAAGCCGUGGAUCAGGCGUUCGGGCCGCUCGUUUCCGCCCUUAGUUCGCACAGAGAAUGA